UGUGAAGCGGGGGUAGAUUUCUGUAACAGAGGCUAUUUAACACAUGCUGACAGUGAGGCUCAUCUCAGUCAGUCAUGGCUCAUACUGGGACUCAGAUGUGGACAUGGACACUGUGUGUCUUCUUGAGUUGGAUGUCUGGGGGUCAAGCAGUGGCAGGACCGCAGUACAUGGUAGCCAUUCCUGCAGUUCUUGAAGCUGGAGCUGACACCAGAUUAUGUGCGAGUCUCCUGCAGACCAAUGAGACUGUGAAAAUGACCAUCACUUUGAAGCCUCGGAAUAUAACCCUCUUCCAGGAGACAUCCGAUGAAAAGUUUCAUACCUGCGUUCAGUUUAAGGUUCCUUUAGUGGAGAAUGAUGUGGUGGAGAGGUUGAGGGUGGAGGUACAAGGUGACACAUUUUACUCAAAAGAAGUCAGGAAAGUCAUGAUCAAGGUCUAUCGUCCAAUGACAUUCAUCCAGACUGAUAAACCAAUCUAUCUCCCUGGACAAACAGUGCAUUUCCGAGUCGUCACACUGGACACCAAACUGAGACCUGCUGAUCAGCUUUACAAUAUCAUUGAAAUUGAGGAUCCUCACAGCAACAGGAUCGGACAAUGGCUGAAUCAAAAAUCCGAAGGUACAAUACUGCAGCAUUCUUACUCCUUGAACUCCGAAGCCCGUGAAGGACACUACACGGUUAUUGUGGACAUUAAUGGAAGCAAAAUACGUCACAGCUUCAAGGUGGAGAAGUACGUUUUGCCCAAAUUUGACGUAAAAAUAAAUUCAUCUAAUGAAGCAAGUAUUGGGCAGGAUGAAAUUGAAGCUGAAGUAUGUGCUAAGUAUACAUAUGGACAGCCUGUACCAGCAAGUAUUGAAGCUGAGAUGUGCCGAUCUCUUCAGCGCUAUAUCUUUAGUACUCGUUUAGCCGUCCCUGAUCAUCCAGACGGAGUACCAGAGAUUACGGCCCCAUGCCACAAGGAGACAAAGCAGACAGACAAGACAGGCUGUGCCACUUUUGCCUUCAAGAUGUCCACUUUCACAAAACUUGACAUGAAAGUGCUGCAGGAUGUGCUAGAGCUCAAGGUGAAAGUGGAAGAGGAAGGGACAGGUGUUUCAUUUUUACAAGAAAAGAGGGUACAACUUUCUUACGUUAUUGGAAAGCUGUCCUUCACUGACACACCCACGAUAUAUGAGGAAGGAGCAAACGUGGCAGGAAAAGUUAAAGCAGUCUAUUACAAUAAUACACCCAUUCCUGACAUGCCGGUGUACCUGUUUGAGGGUGAAGUAUGGUCAUCACGUCGGCUACAGAAUCUCACAACAGACAAAGAUGGUGUUGCUGCUUUCUUAUUUAGCACGGCUGAUCUUAAAGGGAGCAUCCACCUCCACAUUAGCAACACACCAACACUGGGCUACUCUGGCUACAGAACUGCAUACUAUGAGACUGCUGAUCACACAGUGUCUUUGGCCCAAACUUCCUCUCCGGACACUAAAACCAUCAGCUCCCUAGAGGUGAAGAAGAUGGAUGGACCACUUCCCUGUAACAGCGAUGUCGACAUCUCCAUCCAAUACACUGUGAUUGGAGAGGCAAAGGGCUCUGUGGAUGUUAUGUGUCUGGCUUUAAGCAGAGGAGCUGUUGUCAUGCAAGCAGUUAGAAACUUUGAGGUGCAAGAUAAAUCAGUGACUAAGGGUGAGGUGUCCUUCAAGUUGAACGUGUCUCCAGAAAUGGCACCAGAGGUCCAGGUUGUGGCAUACGCCGUCCUCCCCAGUGAGGCUGUGAUUGCUCACAGUGCUGACUUCUCCAUUGAGAAAUGCUUCAGUCACCAGGUGUCCCUGAAAUUCUCUCCAUCCCCAGCCAUCCCAGGAGAGGAGACCACCGUGCAGCUGACAGCACAUUCACACUCUCUGUGUGGUUUGAGUGCGGUUGACCAGAGUGUCCUUAUCAAAGAGCCAGGAAAGUCUCUGGAUGCAGAGAAGAUAUUUAAUUUGUUGCCAGUAAAAAAAGCAACCUAUAUUCCAUAUGAAACUGAGGAUCCUGUCCACUGCUUGCAUGUGAGACCUAGAAGAUACGUCUUGCCAUACCCCCAGGAGAAAGAUGAUGCUCAUACAGUUUUCCAGAAUGUAGGGCUGAAGAUGGCAACAAACUUGUUUAUCCGAGUGCCUCCAUGUCUCAAGUACAAAGGAAGAGAAUACCACCAAGGCCACGGCUAUGGUAUGCGUGUUGCUAUGGAAUAUGAUAGUGUUCCUCAAAUGAGCAGAAUGAAUGUAGGAAUGGGAGUGGGAAGUUCACCUGGUCGUCCUGCUUCAGGAUUUAGUGGGUCCAGUUUUUCUCCUAGUCCACCAAUAGAGACAGUCCGUACUUUCUUCCCUGAGACCUGGAUAUGGGACCUUGUGAAAGUUGGAGAGUCUGGAACGAAGGACGUGGCGUUCACUGUCCCAGACACCAUCACCACCUGGCAGACGGAGGCUUUCUGUUUGUCCCCUCAAGGUUUUGGCUUGGCUCCUCAUAAGGAGCUCAACGUUUUCCAGCCAUUCUUCCUUGAACUCAGCCUGCCUUACUCAAUCAUCCGGGGGGAGCACUUUGAACUGAAGGCAACCACCUUCAACUACCUGCCCAGCUGCAUCAUGGUCACUGUGACUCCAGCGCCUUCCUUAGAUUACACCCUCACCCCCCUCUCUGGUGACCAGUACACAGCCUGUCUGUGUGGCAAUGAGCGCAGGACCCUCAGUUGGACCAUGGCUCCCUCAGCCUUAGGGGUUGUGAAUGUGACUGUGACUGCCGAGGCUCAAGCAUCCCAUGCUUCAUGUGACAAUGAGAUUGUGACCGUGCCAGAAAGGGGUCGUGUUGACAUAGUCACACGAUCUCUCAUAGUAAAGGCUGAGGGAACUGAGAUGACAAAGACCUACAACUGGCUGCUCUGUCCCAAAGGGGAAGCGUUGACAGAGGAAGUAGACAUAGAACUCCCAGAGAACGUGAUUGAUGGAUCUGUCCGUGCCACAGUAUCAGUUCUUGGUGACAUCCUGGGCCGGGCCCUGCAGAACCUUGAUGGGCUGCUGACGAUGCCAUAUGGAUGUGGUGAGCAGAACAUGGCGCUUCUGGCCCCCAACAUUUACAUUCUCCAAUACCUGAAAAACACACAGCAGCUGACCUCAGUCGUCAACGAAAAGGCUACCAACUACCUGACCAGUGGCUACCAGAGACAGUUGAACUACAAACAUUCCAAUGGUGCUUACAGCACAUUCGGAUCCGGACAAGGAAACACUUGGUUGACUGCUUUUGUGCUGAGGUCUUUUGCCAAAGCACGGUCCUUCAUCUACAUCGACCCAGCAAAGAUUCAACAGUCUAAGUCUUGGCUGGAGCGCAAGCAACGACAAAAUGGCUGUUUUGAACAGUCAGGCAAACUCUUCAACAACAGAAUGAAGGGUGGUGUGUCUGAUGAAGUGACUCUCAGUGCUUAUGUCACUGCUGCCUUCUUGGAGAUGAACGUGUCCACAAAUGACCCAGUGGUGAAUAAGAGCCUGUCUUGCCUCAGGGCCUCCAUUAGUGACCUCAGCAACACCUACACCACAGCUCUACUGGCAUACGUCUUCACCCUGGCAGGAGACAUGGAGACCCGAGCUCACCUUCUGCAGCACCUGGACACGACUGCAACAAACCAAGGAGGUUUCCUCCACUGGUCUCAGACAGCAACAGAAACGUCAUCCUCUCUGUCUGUGGAGAUCAGCUCCUACGUGCUGCUGGCCAAACUCAGUGCCUCUCCUACUGCUGAAGACCUGGGCUACGCCGCCCGCAUCGUCCGAUGGCUCACAGGGCAGCAGAACUAUUACGGAGGCUUCUCCUCCACACAGGACACGGUGGUGGCUCUUCAGGCUCUGGCUCUCUACUCCACUCUGGUGUUCAGUCCUGAGGGUUCAAGCACAGUGACAGUCCUGUCUCCCAGCGGCAAGCUCACAUUUGAUGUGAACCAGGACAACAAACUGCUCUACCAGGAGGAGGCGCUGAAGGACGUGACAGGAAAGCACAGUGUGGGGGUGAAGGGCACUGCAUGCGCGUCAGUGCAGAUUUCUCUUCACUACAACAUCCCAACUCCUAGUGAUGUUUCCACUCUGAGUGUGCAGGUGAAACCAGUGGCUGACUGCACCAACAAAUCUCAGAGACCCAAAGUCACUCUGAUGUUAAACUCCUUAUACAGUGGAAAUCAGAACAGUACCAACAUGGUGAUUGUGGAUAUCAAAAUGCUCUCUGGUUUUGUCCCAGCCCCAGAGUCUUUGCAACAGCUCAAAGGUGCCGUAUUGGUGGAUCGUGUUGAACAAAAUGAAGAUCACGUUCUCAUGUACAUACGGGAGUUAUCAAAGGACGUAGCCAUCAAUCACAGCUUAGAACUCAUACAGGAGCACUCAGUGCAGAACCUGAAGCCAGCUGUGGUGAAGAUCUAUGACUACUACCAGCCAAGUGACCAGGCUGAAUCAGAAUACACAUUCCCUUGUGUUGCAGGUUGAAAAGUCGCCGGUCCUCAGAUUGUUACUGAUUACAGUAUAAUUUAAAUUUUAUUAAAGACCAAUUUUAUGUGUUUUUUAUGUUUUUAUUUGUUUAAACAUACACAAACAAAUUCAGACAUAAUGGACAAUAAAGUGAUCUUAAAACUGGG